CACAGUUUGCCUUCGAUGGCGUCAAAACUUCAUUUCGUCCUUUUGCUUCCUAUUAUUUGGUAUUAUUCGGAGAGACAGACUUAUCUGCCGACGCACAACAACAUAUUAACACAAAAGGCAAAUCCACUGAAAAUACACACACGCUCUCUCUAUCUCUGUCAUCCCAAACAAACGCUAGCAGUUUUUCGCUUGAGAUUUCUCUCCAUUAAUUUCCCGUCGCCAUUACCCACCUUUAAGCUAUCCUCUCUUGGAAACCCAAUUAAAGUACCGUUCUUUUGCUCUGCACCACCAGUCAGAGAUUCAGAGACUCAGAGACUCAGAGAGCAACUACCUCCUCUGCUUCCAUGGCCGGUUCAAACUUGCAGAACAAGUACCUCCUCAUCCAACUCCCUUCAAUUAUUUGCAUCCGCCUCAAAUGAGUGGAUUUCGGAACAAAAGAUGAAUCGGCGCGUCCCCGAUUUCGAAAUGGACUACGAGUACUUACUUCCCACCACCUCUGCUCUGAACCGACCCAGAAAAUCAACCAUGCCGGAAGACGAUAUCAUGGAGCUGCUAUGGCAGGACGGCCAAGUCGUGAUGCAGAGCCAGAACCAGAGGUCUUCAGUCAAUAGUAAAAGAUCGCACCAGUCCAAAUACGACGUCGUAUUGCCCGACGACGGGGGUGGCAUCACCAGACCGGCCCCCCAACCCCAACCCCAACUGCCGGCUCAGAACCCGCACCUGUUUAUUCAAGAAGAUGAAAUGGCCUCGUGGCUUCAGUACCCGCUCGUCGACGAGCCCUUCUCCGCCGGCCUCCUCUAUCCCGAUUCGACCACCUCCGAGCACCGGACGCCCCAGGUUUCGGGGCCGGCGCCAGCUUCGAGGCCGCCGAUCCACCGGCCGAGGAGGACCGAGCUCCAGAACUUCCUGCAGUCCGACACGACCAACAACAACGACGCCAGCAGCAACAGGCCUAUGAUUUCGGAAACGGCGCCGUCGAGCUCGAAGAAGAGCGUGGUAAGGGAGACGACGACGGUGGUGGGUUCCAGCGACACUCCGCUGGUGGGCUCAUGCUCUAGGGCUUUGGAUUCUAGGCCCGACGGCGCUGGUGGCGGCUUGGCUAAUGGAGCGACGUCGUUAACCGCUGCAACCGCUGCGACCGCUGCGACGUCGUUUCCUGGAAAUGAAUUGACCACGUGUGAGAUGUCGCUGACGUCGUCUCCAGGAGGCUCCAGUGCGAGCGCCGAGCCGGAUUCGGCUCCCAAGCCGCCGCUGACUGCCGAUAACCGGAAGAGGAAAGGGAGAGAAGCCGCCGCCGCCGACGACGACGCUGAGUUUCAAAGCAGGGAUGUUGAGUUUGAAUCUGCCAAUGGAAAGAAACAACUCCGAGGAUUGACAUCAUCUACAAAGAGAUCGCGAGCUGCAGAGGUCCACAAUCUCUCCGAGAGGAGACGUCGAGAUAGAAUAAAUGAAAAGAUGAAGGCUUUACAAGAACUAAUACCUCGGUGCAACAAAUCGGACAAAGCAUCAAUGCUGGAUGAAGCAAUUGAGUACUUGAAAUCUCUCCAGUUACAAGUACAGAUGAUGUCCAUGGGAUACGGCAUGAUCCCUAUGAUGUUUCCUGGAGUUCAGCAGAUGAUGUCCGUGCCCAUGGGGAUGGGAAUUGGAAUGGGCAUGGGCAUGGGAAUGGAAAUGGCCGGCAUCAGUCACCCUAUGAUGCCAUUUCCAAAUGUAAUGGCCGGUUCACCCAUGCCAACAGCAGCUGCACUUAUGGGACCUAGGUUCCCUAUACCACCAUUUCACAUGCAGCCUAUUCCUGCAAGUGAUCCUACCGGAGUUCCAGCAGUCAACAAGACAGAUCAAAUGAUAAACUCGCUCAGGGCACAAAAUCCAAACCAAUCACACAUGCCAAAUUUUGCAGAUCCUUACCAGCAGUUUUUCAGUCCCCAACAGAUGCAGUUGCCACUGCAGCACAACCAAGCAAUGCCCCAGCCAACUACUGGCAAGCCGAGUUCCAGUAGGGGACCUGAAACUCAUGAAAACCAUCAACCAGGUUAAGGUUAUAGGUUGAAGUUGAGAGUAGAUGGAUAACGGAAGGUUCAAUGCCUGCUAAGUUUUGUAGUCUAAAGCUCUGAGAGUAGCUUUUAUUUUCUCUUCUCUUUUCUUUUUCUGCCUAAACUGCCAUUUAACCAAAAGCUAACCUGUAACUAUUACAACCCCAAUUGUAAUAUAUUUUACAAGUUUCCGAUUUUGUCGCCGUCGGAACUGUAAAACUGUAAAGAGUGUCAUCAAGUUUAUUAAUUAGUGAGGUCACAGAGUUGAUGGGUUCUGACGGAAAAUCCUAGAAUGAACCGGCUCGUGUCAUGAUCCAAAACUCUUAGUUGUUGGAUUCUUAGACAAUUUCUCUUUGGCCAAACAUUCUUGGAACAUGACACGAGGCAGUCCAUUCUGAAAGAUAUGGAAGAAGAUGGUGAUAGAUCCUUCGGUAUCGUUUUCUGCAUUCAUGUAAUUUGAUCAAAUGGUUAAAGUUAUUAUAACUUUUAAAGGA